AUUUUUUUCGGAAAAAAUUAAUUGAACCUACUUACUGUAUUACUAAAUAUGUCGAACAGUAAAAGAAAUUCUUUAAUACCAUUAAUGUUAUAAAAUAUAUUUAGUAAUAUAGACUGACAGACCAUCCUCGUUCAAUAUCGUUUUUCAUAUAUAAUGAUUGUAAAUCAUUGAAUUCAAAUUCAACACUGUAUGUUUAUUAUGUCUAUGCUAGACAGUAGUCACCUUCUGUGCAGCAAAGUGGUACACACUUGCCACUUUUUUUUUGUUUUGAAACUUAUAAUAUUCAUGUAAUCAUGUUUGUUUGGAAGUCCGAUCCCAAUGGCUGUCAGAUGGUCAGCUUUGUUCUGAAAUAUGGUAUUUGUUUUUUGUCUCAUGAACUGUUGACUGUUGCUAUAGUAACUAUUAUUGGGUAAUAAUUAGUAUAUACUAGUAUAUUACUUGUGUGUUCACUGUUCAAUAACACAAAUUAUACUUGAAAGUUUUAUUUGAUCAAUAGUUUUACCAAAAAUAUAAAUUAUUUUUUCUACAUUUUAUUUCUUACAAUAAUUUAACUACAUAUUUUGUAGAACCUAUCUGGAUAAUACCAUUGAGGAGUUUAUAAUACAAUUAAUAAUAAUUCCUUCUACUUAUAGAUAUUUGGUUUUGUUUUAUUAUAUUUCUGAUAUUUAAGUUUUUCGUUUGGGAAUAUUUAAACAAAACACAAUGUCUAUAGCUACCUUUGAGAAGCCUGUGCCCAAAGUAGCAGAGUCCGAUUGGUAUUACAAAAUAACGGAAUUAAAAGAAUCUUGUGAUGAACAUAGGCGUCAUGCAUUUGUAUUGAGAUAUGAAUCACAGAGGUUAAGGAAUGAUACAGAUAUCACUACUUAUUGGGGUACACAUCGUACAAAUUCUAAGAUCUUUGACAGACGCAUUGAAAUAACGCGCUGGAAAAAUCUAAUUGAAUCAGGUUAUAAAAACUUACAAAAAGAAAUUAAAGAUUUGAAAAUCGAAAAAGAAAAAACUGAAAAAUGUAUAGAAUUUCUAAAUUUGAACUUUACUGUUACAAAUCAUUGCUUAAGUAUAAGAGAUGAAAGAGGUGGUGCAGAUUUGUGCCAUGAUAUUGCAUCUAUUGAAUUAAAAAAAGAACAACACACUUUGGAAAAACUGAAAAACUUGUUAGUUGGAGUAUGCCAAAUUGCAUGGGAAAAGAUCAAUAAGUUAGAAGAGUUGGAAAUUAAUGUUUCCGAAGACUUAGACAAAAAGAAGAAUACUAUAAACAUAGAUAGUGAGUUGUUAGAAAUGACUAAAGUUUCAAACAAUAUCUCUCUCAAACCAGAUCCACUAAGAGUUCCAAAAGAGUAAGUUUCCAAAACUUAUAAUAUUGUUGUUACAUUUCUGGAGUUUAGUUUGAAUAUUUCAUUAUA